CAUAUAUACCCAACAAAACAAAAGCAAUCUGUGCGUGCUUGCGAGACGCGCCCUUUCAGCAUCCAAGUCAGCUUGUCACUCCCGGAAACCAGUCAAAAUGUCGUGCGACUGCUCCAUCACCUUCAACUUCUCGAUGAAAAAGCAGGGCGACCCCCACGUCCGCUGCGUGAUGUGGACGUUGGGUCUCAUCGUCGCCGGCUCCAUAAUCCUUUUCGGCGCGCUCGGCUCGAUUCAGAAUGAGUGCCGUAACGAAGACCCGACGCUCCUUGCCGGCAUCAAUGGUUUCUCCUCGGUUCUUUCUUGCAAGAAGCUGUACCGCUACUACUGGUUCAUCACCUCCCUGGCCUUCGUCACCGCUGCGUACGGCCUGUGGGUGUCGGCCACUGGCGCGCUGGCUUCUAGCCGUGGCUCCGUGAUGGGCCUGCUUGUCGUCGCCUGCCUUCUGACCAUCAACAUGACCGAGGCCUUCUACGGCGUCAUGGACGUGUCCAAGUUUGAGAACGGCACUGCGCGCGACCGCUCCCGCACCAUGUACGCCGGCUGCAUCAUCACUGCGGUGUUCCAGGCCUUGGGCAUCAUCGUGGUGGGCAUGGAGCAGGGCUCUGUCGAGGCGAUCACCGCCAAGCCCGUCGUGGAGAAGGCCGCCAAGAAGGAAAUUGAGGUUGUCGCCCCCGUCGCUGCCGCCGCGCCCAUUGCUGAGCCGGCGUCCGCUGCUGCUGAGCCUGCUGCUGAGGCUCCGGCUGUCGCCCUCACCGUCCAGGAGGAGCACAAGGCCUGAGCCACGGGGCCGUUCCUGUCCUGGACAGCCAUUCAAGCGUUGGCCACCUCUCCGUAUAUAGUGCGUCAGGCGUCAUAAACAUAGUGUCCAUGUCCAUUCAUUUGCAGGCGGGCAUGCAGCAGAUGCGGCGAACGUGUGCCAUGCAAAGGCUUGAUUGGAAGCUGUCGUGCACAAGUGAUUACCGCCGUACAGGCAGCAUAACAUGCGAUGAAACUACCGCGCUAGCAUGCGCCAUGUAUUGAUUUGACCUGCUCUACAAUGAUAUAAUAUUAGGCCAACGUGCACGGGUUUGUCGUGAGUACCCUGCCGUUGAAGGUCAAACCCUGACUGCGCACACGUGUGGGGGAGACGGAAGGACCGCUCCCUUGAGGGUGGAACCGCGUCAACAGCGAACGCACACGCUGGCGUGACCCCUUGUAACUUAUUCCUGCCGGU